AUGUCAAGUCCUCGACUUCUUCGACAGCCCGCUUCCGCAUCCUCGCGCGCAGACUUCCUGAUCGAGACGCUCGGCCUCAGCUACCUCCCCAAAGAAUCUGGAUAUAUCGGUAUACUAGGGCGUUCAUGCCAUAAUGUCACUAUUGAGCAGCCGACUGUACGCAAGCCAGAGGCCGCUGUCACCCCCAGCUUCCCUCAUUCGUCCGGGCCUCUCGCCGCUCAAUCGCACAACUACUACAUGCUAACGUCCGAUCAUCCCAUCAACUACUUGCACUUCCUAGCCCCGGAUGACACUCAUAUUCUCAUCGAGGGUGGGCCGGUGGAGUACUAUACAUUCACACCCCCAGGUCAUCCUUCACUGUCACUGUCGAACCCGUCUUUGACGCCUUCCCCAGCUUCUGGGUCUCCGUCUCCGAGCACAGCAUCAAAGGCGAUCCUUGGCCGAGACUACGUCUCCGGACAGGUUCCCAUCGUCUCCAUACCGGGCGGAUGCUGGAAAGCUCUCAAGCUUUGCGAAGGCGUUGAGUAUGCCUUGACGGCGAACGUGCUCGCGCCGGAGUUCACCGACGAGAGGAUGAAAAUCGGCGCAGGCCAGAGAUUCGUGGACAUGUUCAACGGCAGUGCGGAAUGGGCGACUGAGAAAUUCCUGCAGAGACUUAUUGGGGACGAGAACUGGACUGGUGAUUUUUAA